UGCCCUAAAAAAGUGUACAUUUUAUACCUACGUCGUUUUAUUAAAGUUGACCUUGUAGCGAGUUGAAUGCCGAAUAUCGAGCGGUGAAUCAUCACAUCACAUCAUCUACUGUAUUUACGCAUACACAGGUCCAGCUGAGCAGCUAGGAUGGAGUGGCUGUUCGGGCACCGCAUGACGCCGGAGGAGAUGCUGCGCAAGAACCAGCGCGCGCUGAACAAGGCGGUGCGCGACCUGGAGCGCGAGCGCGCCAAGAUGGAGCAGCAGGAGAAGAAGCUUAUCAAUGAUAUCAAGAAGCUGGCCAAGGAGGGGCAGAUGGAUGCAGUAAAGAUAAUGGCGAAAGACCUGGUGCGCACGCGGCGCUACGUGCGCAAGUUCAUGCUGAUGAAGGCCAACAUCCAGGCUGUCGGGCUCAAGAUCCAGACCCUCAAGUCACAGUCCACCAUGGCGCAGGCCAUGCGAGGCGUCACGCGGGCCAUGGCCACCAUGAACAGGCAGUUGAACAUGCCACAGAUACAGAAGAUACUGCAGGAGUUUGAGAAGCAGUCGGAGAUCAUGGAUAUGAAAGAAGAGAUGAUGAAUGAUUCCAUCGAUGAAGCCAUGGAGGGAGAUGAGGACGAAGAGGAGAGUGACGCGGUGGUGGGACAGAUCUUGGAUGAGCUGGGGCUGCAGCUCAACGACACGCUGUCCGGGCUGCCGCAGGCGACGGGCUCGCUCUCGAUAUCCGCGAAAACGCCAGCAUCGCCUCAGGCAGUAGCGGGCGGGUCCGGCGGCGGCGGCGGCGGGGGCGGCGGCGCGGGGGGCGCGGGGGGGGGGGUGGCGGACGCCGACGCCGAGCUGCAGGCGCGGCUCGACAACCUGCGCCGCGAGUAGCCUCCAAGCGCUCCUGCUAAGACUACGGUAUAGGAGAGACGGCAAAAACAAGACAGCGUGCUAAUUGUUUACAGGGUUAGCGAUCCGUCUCAGUCGCGGUAGUGAGAGGAAAUCUAAGAAUAUAAAUAUUGUGUUAAUUGAUUGUUCACGACGACAAGUUAAGAGUUAAGGACAAAUUCGCAUCAAACCGAUGGGGUUGGCAAAGGUUUGCAUAGAUGGUGCCAUCAUAGCUUGCCCCUUUUUCUAUGAGAUUUAAUUUAAUUUGAUUUAUUCACGAAUAAGCUUACAGUCUAAUGAACCAAGGCGCUUAUAAGUAAUGUUUAAUAUUAUACAUGCUAUGUUACACUUACACUAUAAAAUUACAUGUCAACGGUACAAAAACAGAAACAAAUUCAAUUAUCAAUUAAGUAUCAAAAUAAUAUGUCAAUAAAGCUAAUAAAUAUUAAUUAAUCAAUUAAAUUCAAAAAUUCAUACAUGCCUUUAAUAACGUGGUAAGAUGCAUGAUAAAAAAUGUCAACGUCAGGUAACCGCAGAGACAUAUCAUUUAACAGAGCGAUAGCUCUUGCAGAGGGAGCGUUUGCCGCCCAGCGCGUGCGCCUCACCGGGCAUGCGAACAGGCGCCGGCGCCGUCGCGAAACGACCGCCCCACCCUCCCCCGCCGCGGGGCAACGGCGAGGGGGCGGAACAGAAAGACCUAUUCUUGACAGUGUAGAUGGAUUCCAGACUUGGUUGCACAGGAGCUUAUAAUAAUGCACCAUCAGUAACAACUUCCGCCGCAACUCUAAUGUAUCCAGCCCGACCAUACCACUGACAAACAAUGAUGGAUACAUAUAAGGAUAAUAUCCUAACUUUUUCCUAUAUACAGGGUGAAAUUUAAUUCACUGGCCAAAUUGAAACAACCCAAAGAACUCGAAAAAAUAUUAAACACGUGUUUUUUCUUUUAAUACCGCUCAGUACAUUUUUUUCGAAAUAACUCAUCAUCAAGUUGUCCUAAAAACCUCGUACGUUAUGGUGAACCGACAACUACCCACUACACCCGCUUCUCUCGUAUCAGUUAAGGUCAUUGACACCCCGCCCCUCCCGCUGUUUGCAAUCGCGUCACCAAUUAUGAACCCUAUUGCAGCGAGAUUACCUACAUAAGUUGCUAAUUUUUCCUUUCAUAUUAACGGGUUUAGAACCGUCAAAAUGCAAAGGCAACCCAUUUUGAAUCUAAAAUGUUAUUUCUGACUAAUGAUUAUUAACAAAACGUCCGUGGCUUAAAAACAAUGAGUAAAAACUAGGUCAGGAAUCUUUGCAUUCAGGCGUAUUUAAAAAAUUGAAUCAACUUACGUACAUUUGAUUAAAAAUCGACGCAAUUAACGAAAGUCCCACGAGAUGGUACUCUUGGAUUCAAUCUUUGUCUGCUAAGGCGUGGAACGGAUUCCAUUUCGUAUAAUCUUUGUGCACCACGUAAACACUCACCACUUAAUAAAUAACACCGUACCACUUCGUAAUAUUCCCGGUUCGAAAACAUUUUUUUUAACCUUAGUACGCGCGCAAUUAUUAUUUUAAGGUUGGCGAGUGACGAGUGACUAAUCAUUUAUGCUUACCGUUAUGUUUACCGCUAGCGCGGAAUGGUUUAGUUUAGACUACCCUCGAAAUUGAUAAACCUGCCUACCAUCGCCAACACUAACUGGGUGGACCCUAUUGCAAUGAUAAUAAGGUUUAGUGAAGGUCAGAUAAGGGUUUUGCUGAUGUUGUUGUUAAAACCUACUAUUAGGUUUGUUUACAUUUGUGGUAAUAGGGUGACCACGACUCGUGGAAAAUAUUUAAAAAUUGAAAAAUGUAAAUUAAAAAAAAGUGUACUCUUUUUUUUCGCUAAAUAGAUUCCUCAAGUGUAAUCUAGUGCCGGGAAUGAAUAUGGCCAGUGAUUUAAAUUUCACCCUGUAGAAAUCGAGCAAAUUUCCUCUGGAUUCUUUCGAUCAUGAGGGUAUAUUUGCUUUCGUGCGGAUCCCAGAUACAAGCACCAAAUUCAAGUUUGCUGCGAACAUAGGCGUUGUAUAGCAACAGCAAAACACGAGUGUCACAAAACUGGCUCGAUACCCUCAUGAUAAACCCCAGGACCUUGUUCGCCUGCUUACAGAUCUUGGUAACGUGCGUCCUAAAGUCAAGUCUCGAGUCCAAGGUCAGUCCCAGGUCAGUUACCUCAUCAACGCGAUCCAUGAAUGCGUCAUUAAUGUGGUAUUGUUUGAUGUGAGGUGACCGAAUUCUAGAGAACGUAAUAACUUUACAUUUAGAUGUGUUAAAAUGCAGUUUAUUGUCCUCACUCCACUCGGUCACCGCAUCUAUGUCCCUUUGGAGGUCCUCCAGAUCAGACUUGUCUCCUGCUCCCAGAAACAACUUCAAGUCAUCAGCGAACAACAAACAGCCAGCAGUGUGUACCACGCUCGGCAAGUCAUUUAUCAUUAUCGUAAAUAAUGUUGGGCCGAGAGUGCUGCCCUGACUCACGCCGCGCCGGACCGGGUGAAAAAAGGUCUAGAACUAUAUCCACCCCACUCAACGUACUGGUUUCUGUCACGAAGGUAAUUAGAUAGAAAGUUCAGUAGGUGCGGCGUAAAACCCAGGGCACUACAUUUUUGAAGCAGGAUGUCGUUAUCUACCAGGUCAAAUGCCUUUUUGAAGUCAAAAUAAGCCGCAUCCACCUGCCGACCUGCAUCUAGCUCGUCUCUGACGUGGUCUACAAAGUUUACAUGAUUAGUGACUUGCAUUUUACAUGAUGAGUGAUUUGGCUUAAAGGGCUAGCACUCCGGGAGUGCCGGCAGAAGUGAAAACUUAAUGACAUUGUAACAGUUUUUCGAUCACUUCUAUCACGUGUCCGUCUUACGUCUUACAAAUCUUACGGUCACGUGACCUGUCGCGAGUUUAACAUUAUUUCUCCAUCACAAAAAGUACACAGCGCCGCUAAAGUUUUCGCUUCAAAAACAAAAAUUGGACACAAUUCUAGAGAUUGACAGGAUGACAGGGCAAGCUAUGCUGGCACCAUCCGUUUAAUCCUUCGACCGGCCAACCCCAUUGCGUGACCGAAAAAUCGCCUUGAUUGCAAACUUAAUAAGAAAACUGUUUCCAAAUUUUGCUUAGUAGUCUCACUAACCCAUUUGAAUCGUUAACCUGUUUGUGAACGCGUGCGACACCCUUGUAGGUCUAUUAAAGAAACUCGCUUUAGCUUUGCACGAAUGUACUCGUGUAUACUCAUAAUUUCAGUCGGAUCUUAACUCCGAUAUAAAACUAUUAUCCAUAGCAAUCAGCUAAGCGAACAAUAUUGAAAUGUAUUUGCAUAUUACUCUUUUAUCGGCAAGAUAGCUAUGCCAUUUACAAUCAAAAUUUCACUUCCGAAGAUAACUGUACAGCCAAUGGCGUAUUAAAAAUUGGUCUUUACAUUAAAAGUGAGAUUGGUUGUAGCACUCGUUUUCGCAAUAUAUUAAUUUGGUACGUGAAAAUACAAAUAAUGAAUACCAUGGAAUAUAUAUACAUACUAGCACAGAUCCGUUCCCAGGAGGUUCCCAGUAAGAGACAUUGAUCGUCUAUUAGAUAGGUACAUCUUGUAAAAUAAGGACUAUUUUUACUUUUAAAGGAUCUAAUUAUUUUGUUUGGAGAGCCCUGUGUCGGGACACCAGACGAGCCUCAACUCACCCAAUAGCAAUAAAUGGACACUCUAGUAAUGAUAAGCUAGCAACCCUGUAUUAUAUACCGCGCGCCGCGCAACGUCGAAGGAACGCAAUGUUGUUAUUAUAAUAAUUAAGUUUAUCUACAUUUUAAUAAAUAUUUUUGUAAUGAA